AUGUCAGGACAGCUCUCGAGACACCGCUCGGUGUCAAUGAGCUCGGGUCAGUCUUCGAAAGGGAAUGGCAGGUUGGCAACGCUGUCAGAAUUGAGCGCAAGCAUGCCUAUGCCUAUGCCUAUGCCUAUGCCAGAGUCUCUGCCUCUCCCGGUAUCUGUGCCAGAGAUGUCUCGAGAUUUCGAUCCAUGUGCAGCCACGGCGUCCAUGUUCCUCUACGCGCAAGGCAGCGCGGUGGUCUGCGCACACCACGACACCCUGAAGAUCGAGCGCCUCUUCUCGAGACAUACUGAGGAAAUCUCGUUGCUGGCCGUGGAUACCGUGAGCGAGAGGGGCGCGGGCAGACUGGUGGUGAGCUACGAUGUUGGGCAGACGGCCAUUGUAUGGGAUUGCAUGACGGGAGACGAGCUCGCACGAUUUGCAUCCUAUGAGAAUCUGACGGUGGCGGCGUGGAUGCGGAACGGGAAUGUGGCCUUUGGAAACUCCCAGGGAAAUGUCAUUCUGUUCGAACCGACAACCUCAGAGCACCUUUCCGCAAGAACAAUAGACCAGAUCCCCAUCACCGCCAUCGCCCCGGCCGCAGAUUGCAGAACGUAUGCUAUUGGAUUCGCCAAUGGCUCGCUCCUCAUCGCAGCGCUCCAGCCGCGAUUUACCAUUCUUCACAAUUUGACCACAUCCAGAGGGCCCUCGCCCAUUGUCACCUUGGCAUGGCACGCUUCAUCCUCGCGCCAAAAGUCCGAUAUGCUGGCGACACAAACAAACGACGGCGACCUCCGAGUCUGGAGCAUCGCCAAGUCACCCUCCAGCAACGACAAGGCGAAAGUCGUCAGAGUCCUCAGACGAACCGACAACUUCCAAACGGGUCCGAACUGGCUGGGGUGGUCCAAGAAUGGGCGCAUAGUGCAAUAUUCGGAAGGCGAAACAUCGUCAUGGGAUGUUCGGACGAAGCACGUUACCUAUGAGUCGGUUCCCACUCUGGGCCAGGUUAGGGGCCUCGCCGUCUAUGGUCCCGGUGCGACCCUGUUCACAUUAGGCCAGAGUAACACGGCCCAGCAGUUCGACUUGAACUCACCCUGUCAAUUGGUGGCAAAUGUACAGCAUCCGGCCAAUCUGCUCCCUCCGUCGCCACCAGUAUCCAUCGAAGAACAGAAGAAUCGAGAGGCUUCGGCGCCUACGGAAGGCGAGGAAUUCUCCUCGGUGCCAAUCAACAUCGACAUCUCGGAAAGCGAUGAAGAUCACAUGUCCCCUCUGGCGAGGAUUGCCAGAGAGAUGGACCAGCUUGAGACAGACGGCCAGGUACCAGAACGCGAUGAUACCCUCAGCCCGAUUUCUUCGAGGAGCCACGCGUCGACUACUUCCAGGUCAUCGGCCGGAUCUCGAACCCAGUACCGCAAGCACUCUUCGACCGUGUCGCGUGGCAUGAGUGAUGGCACUACGAUGUCUAUGGGCUCCUCCUUCCACUCCACUCGAGAGCCUUCGGUUGUGUCCAGUCGUGAUACUCAGUCGAUAAGCAGCAUGAGCUCCGCGUCAAAUACAUCAGGCCGGUCGCGACCCGGGAGAGGCUCUCGCUUGCGUCAGGAGGUCCUGCGGAGUCCGGAUGAUGGCAAGGUUGUCGACCUUUUCAAGUUCACCAAGUCUAGAUUAAGCGACAUUCCCUACCGGCAUCCCAAAGUUUCAGAUAACACCCCAUUGACGAACAAUGAUCUUCGUCGGCAAAUGCUGAGCACGAUUUUCGGGUGGGAUGGUGAAGCAGAAGAGUUGAUCAAAGACGAGAUGAGCAGGCACCCCAAGGGCUCGCCAAACGGUCUACUUCUCGCCAAAUGGUUAGGCGACAUCGACACCGAUAUCAUGGCGGCGAGCUCAGAGUCUAUGACCUCCUCCGACUGGAUGCUUUUGGCAUUGAGUGGUAUUGGAGGCCAUGCCUCCCAGACCAAGGUUGCUCGAGCAUACGUUCAGCGUCUUCUUGAGAAGGGAGAUGUGCACACCGCUGCGACGAUCAUGAUUGGUAUGGGUGAUCAAAAUGAUGCUAUCGAGAUAUAUGUAUCCCACAAGAGGUACAUGGAGGCUCUGAUAUUGGUCUCCUUGGUAUUCCCUGCGGAUUGGCAGCGACAAGCAGAGUUGAUUAGGAAGUGGGGUGAAUGGGCGGUCCAGCAUAGUCAACAACAGUUGGCGAUUCGAUGUUUCUCUUGCACCGGUACUGAACCAUCAGAGCCAUGGGUAUCCCCUACUGCUCAAGCUGCUACCUUCUCCCAGAUGCAGAGUAUGAGCAUUCCAGAGAUGCUCAGCCCGCCUCUAUCCCCGCCUGGAGCCCGUGGUCCUCAGCGCAGUAUUGCGAAGACAUCUGCUCUGAAGCUCAUCACUUCAUUUGGUGACAAAGGUGGAAAGUCGAAGUUUUUCGGAUUAGGCGAAGAUGAGAGAACCCCGAUUGGUGGCGGUGUCACUCCCAUCGCAGAAUCCGCUCUUUCACCUGGUGGCGGUGAUACUGCACACACAGCUUUCCUCCGACCAGGUCAUCGUAGUGCCUAUCAUACGCCUGCAUCGGCUCGAACUGCGACUCCCGGUGGCUUCUCACGACAGAGACUACCUUCCAUUGGUGAGACGCCAUCAGACGUAAUCCCACAAAGAGUUCUGGAACCUGCCAAAUUGCCAACUCCUGUGGACUCCGGAUCCGAGAGAGAGAAGAGCGACCGCCUAGCCUUUUCUCACGAGCGGAAGCCAUCACAGCCCGAGACCAUGCAGCUCAACUCGGCAACAUACGUUCCCCUCAACAGAGCCGCGACCGCCAGUCCUAUGAUGCAGAAGAGCAAACAGUACAAAGAGUUGAACCCUCUACCGUCGCCAUCUCCUGAGUCCUUCAGUCUCACGAAGCAAAACGCCCGUACUCGCAACGGCUCCCGGGAUCGCAAGCCUGAUGGUCUCCAAAUCCAAUGGCCUCCAAUGGAGUCAAUCAUAACUGGCGACUACAUGAGUUCCCCUGACCUUUCCGUCACAUCAUCGCGAGCCAGAACGGCGACUAGUCGUUGUACAGCUGGCUCUACAGCAUCUCACACCACCAUGGCAAAUCGAAGUCCCUUGACAAGUGAGCGAAGUUACAGAAGCUUGGGAACCGCAAGUCCAGUUGUAACGGGGCGAAGUUUGGACCAAUACAUCAGCAGCCUAGAGUCGGCACAGCACCAUGCCAAUAAGCAGAGAAGACAAGCGAGCAGGGAGGGAGAGAGCAACGGUAGAGCUCGCAGUGGGAGCCGUAAACCCAAAGCCCGGGAAAUCUCGGAGGAUCGAGGUCGAAGCGCAGCUCGAUAUAUCAAGCCAGCAAAACGGUCACCAACAUCGCCAAUUCCCAUGUCCCCAGAAGAUCUCCGAGAUCUUGGGGCCGUUGGUUACGGCGAUGAAUCUUUCCCGGCUACCAGAUCUAGAGAUCCCAGCCAAUUGAGAGUCAAGGCUUCAAAACCUUCAAGUAGAGUUCGCCGAACAUCGCCAGAAGCUCUAUCUUACUCGCAGAUUAAUACCGGUAGCAAGCCUCCUAGCCGCGUGGUAAGCCGCAACGGUAGCCGUCAACCUAGUCCUGAUACGCGUAGGCUCAUGCUCAUCGACACAAGUCGAGGCAGAAGCAAGGGUCGUGAAGGUUCAACAAUGCGUUCUCCCUCAUCACCAGUCCCGAUGUCACCGCAAACUAAAUUCUACCAAGCAGACGAUGAGGACCAUGAGGAGUUGAAACAGGUUCAUCUGGAGCAAAAGCGAUUCAGAUCCCGCCAACGGAGUAACAGCAGACUAAGAGAACGCGGUACCAGUGCUAUUCGCGAUCCUUCACCGGACAGGAGGCGCCGCGAUCGUUCAAGCAGUCGAAUUCGUGGGGAGCGAGACUCGAGCAAAACAAGGAAGGAAACCUCACCUCAUCCCAGACAAGAGCGUCCUGCGCAUACUCGGACUGUCUCUGAUCAAAUUCGAGGUGUUCCUGAUCACAGAUUCGGCGACAUCAAGCAGAUCAAGGACGAGCGCACGCUCAAAAAGGAACAAGCUGCCCGGGAUCUUGAGGAGAGGAGAAAGUCGCUUGUUGGGCGUCCCUCAGUGCCUCCUAUUGUUCACCCUGAAGAGCUUGCUCAGUUGUCACCGAUGAACCAUCGCCCUUCGCCCUCUCCCGAGUUCGCUCGGGCAUCAAGUUACCCGUCUCCAAAGACCUCGACGGCGCAACCAACAUCGCGCAGCCAGACGUCAUCCCCAGCAAACAUUCGGACCUCGCCAGGCUCCCUCGAGAAAACUGCCGAGCGCGCGUCGAUGCAACUCGGCUUGCCAGCUACACCAAGAGCCAUGCGACAUCCCAAGUAUGAUCCCGGAGGCCAAGAUAUCCCUCACGUCCCUCACAUCCCCGAGAGAUAUGAUCCAGCGCAGCCAGCUUCUUGGGGCAGCCUGAACGCCAUCACUUACAACAACGCUUUCGCGAAUCUCGCUCCUCUGCCCAAGACAACGUAUCAAGCCGCGCCUCGCCGACUGCCUCCCCGAUCUGCUUCUGCCCCCAUCCCUGAGGAGCCACCGAGCUCGCCCAAGGCGCUUCCUGCUGGCCUCCCACUGCACCCAGCUUUCCAUGUAGCUCUUCCCCCGAGCGGCAGGAGGAAGACACAGGACCCAAGUACCAUCGGCGCCCCUCUCCUCGUUCCUCGAAAGAUCAGUCCCGGAGAGUCUCAGCCCGGUACCCUUGGCUACGAAACCCAGAACUUGCGACCAGCUUAUGCAAGCGGCGUUCCCGGCAUCAUGAGUGGCAUCGACGAGACCCUCGAGGCGAGCAGCCAGCCUCUCAACCCUUCGAACGAGAAUCUCACCCCCCCUCCCCCGCCCCCUCCUCCGGCGCCCCCGAUCCUCAAAGAGCUCCAGCAUCUCGCGACGCCUCCACCGCCACCACCCGCUCCGCUCUAUCGCCCGAACAACGCCAACACCAACUCCAUGGUCUCGGGCGUCUCACAAGGCUCCGGUGUGAUCGAAAUUGUCAUGGACGAUGACGACGACGACGACGAUGAUCAUGACCAUGAUGAGCAGCCGAUCAACCAACCCAUCCUCGACGUCCCCGCCGCUCCCCAGCACUUCCAACGCCCGGCAGCCAUCAGCCACCACCGCGGCCGCAGCGAGAACGACAACAGCAUCACCAGCCGCUUCAACCGCGCGGCCGAGCGUCUCCGCAGCGGCAGCCGGGGCCGAAACGGGGCCUCUCCCAACUUCGACCGGACUCGGAGCCCCCCCCAGGCGGAGCAGAGCCCCUAUGAGAGCGUGCCCGGCCUCUGGAGCGCUGGUCCCAACAAUAGACAGGCUGCCCCGAGUCCUGCCUCCCAACAGCAGCUGACCACAGAGCGCCAUCCGCGCGAAGUCAAGGCCGCCAUGAUCAUGGAUGGAGGCAUGAUUUAA